AUGAUACACCAAAACGGCGACAACGGCCCUCGCGCCGCCGCCGGGUCUGACCAGCAUCCUCCGGUCCGCUUUAUUCCCCAGACCUACGACGGCUCCGACUCCGAAAACUCGGCCCGCCAGCUCAUCCUGGCCCUGCGCCCGGAGUGGUCAUCAGAAGACUCCAAAAUAGAGUUCGUGCGCUUUACCGAUGGCAUCACAAACACGCUACUCAAGGCCGUCAGCAAGCGCCCCCGGCUGUCCAAGGACGAGGUCGACCGGGAGGCCAUCCUGCUGCGUGCAUACGGCCAUGGCACCGACUUGAUCAUCGAUCGCGCCCGGGAAACACAAAAUCACGAGCUGCUCUCGCAGCACGGCCUGGCACCAGAGCUGCUGGCGCGGUUCAACAACGGCAUGAUGUACAGGUUCAUCAGGGGUAGCGUCACGCAUCCUGAGGACCUGAGGCGGCCAGAGAUAUACCAAGCCGUAGCGAGGAGGCUGGCUCAAUGGCAUGCCACGGUGCCCUGUCUUCCGGGCAAGACGCACAUCAGCGACAAGAUGGACGUGCACUGCAUUGAUGUGCUCAACGGGGCUGCGAAGGAGCACGCGACUCUACAGGAGGCCAUAGAUGCAGCUGCGCCUGGGAAGCAGGCCCCCAACGUGUGGACCGUCAUGCAGAAGUGGAUCUUUGCCCUGCCUACCAAGACGCCUGCACAGAGGGAGCGGCAACAACUGCUGCAAGUCGAGCUGUCCAAGUUGGUAGCUGAGCUGAGCCACCGGCCAGGCCUGGGGAAGGAUGGUCUGGUCUUCGCGCAUUGCGACCUGCUGUGCGGAAAUGUCAUUGUUCUGCCCAAGGGCAGCGACCAAGACUCCGGGAUAAUCAGCAACGGCACCGCGAAUGGGACCGAUGAGACCGUGACCUUUAUUGACUACGAAUACGCCGUGCCCUCCCCGGCAGCAUUCGAUUUGUGCAACCACUUUGCCGAAUGGGGUGGUUUUGACUGUGACUACAAUGUGCUGCCCACCAAGUCCCAACGGCGCGAGUUCAUCACCGAGUUCGUGCGGUCGUACUUCGGUCUCCUCCCCGGGCAACCCGAGCACGACGAGGCAUCCGAGAUCCAGAAACUGGCCGACGAGGUCGACCUCUACCGCGGAGUCCCAGGCUUCUACUGGGGCAUCUGGGCGCUCAUCCAGGCGACCAUCUCCGAUAUCGACUUCGACUACGCGUCGUACGCCGAGACCAGGCUGGGCGAGUACUGGGCGUGGAAGGCCGAGGUGGACGGGAGCCGUACCGCCGAGGGAAAGGAGCUGCCGCUGCGGGAACGGCGGUGGGCUGAGCAGUGA